AUGAGUUCUUCUCCUACUCAAGCUCCGGGUCCAGGUCAAAAUCCAUUGUACAAGUCUGCUCCAGACCUAGCACCUUCUAUCGUAUUCCUUGUUCUAUUUGCCCUUGUAUCUGUCGUCUUUGCGUACCGCAGCAUCGUAACCCGUCGUCAACCAUACUACUAUCUCCUUGCAUUUACACUCCUUCGUACAGCAUCAUACAUUGCUCGAGCAAUUUGGUCACAAGAUAAGGGAUCAAUUGCUGAUGCUAUAGCUAGUGGUGUCAUCUCCUCAGGUGGUUUCUUCUUAGCUGCACAAUCAUUAUUUGUUCUUUUUACUUUAUGGAUUGAAUCCCUGUAUGGCGGUCCCGAUAACGUCCCAACCCUUGAACGGAAAUGUUUAAAAAUCGUCAAAUUACUACUUCCUCUCUCCUCAAUUAUCGGUAUAGUAGGAUCCGUAAAACAAUUCAAUGCGUCAUCACCAAGUGAUUAUGAUGUUGGCACAGCUCUUAGGAAGGCGUCUAUACUGGGAUUUACAAUCAUUUUAGCAUCACUUAUAGCUUUAACAAUAAUGUUCGCGGUUAAAAUGAAAGGUAAAGGACAUGAUAAAAUACCAGUCGUGUUGAUCAUAUGUACAGGAAGUUUGUUAUUGUUGAUAGAGAUGAUUUAUCGAUUGGAUUCCAUUUGGAGCAACCCCGGAGACGGCGUUAACACAAAUAAAUGGGUAUUCUAUGUAUUUAUGUCUGUUCCUGAGUUUCUAUUUUCAGUAUUCAUGGGAGUAUUAAAUCUAGUGAAAAUCUUCUAUGGGGUUAACGAUAAUGAAAAAGGUGGAAAUAUAUAG